UGGUUCGAGAGGAUCAGUAUCAUGGUGAUUCUGCUCAACUGUGUCACACUGGGGAUGUACCAGCCCUGUGAGAACAUCGACUGCACUUCAGACCGCUGCCAGAUACUACAGGCGUUCGAUGCGUUCAUCUACAUCUUCUUUGCGUUGGAGAUGGUGGUGAAGAUGGUGGCACUGGGAAUCUUCGGGAGACGCUGUUACCUUGGCGACACCUGGAACAGACUAGACUUCUUCAUCGUCAUGUCUGGGAUGGUGGAGUACUCGUUGGACCUGCAGAACAUCAACCUCUCAGCCAUCAGGACAGUCAGGGUCCUCAGACCCCUCAAAGCCAUCAAUAGAGUACCCAGUAUGCGUAUCCUGGUGAAUCUCCUCCUGGACACUCUGCCCAUGCUGGGAAACGUCCUCCUGCUUUGUUUCUUCGUCUUCUUCAUCUUCGGCAUCAUCGGAGUGCAGCUGUGGGCGGGAUUACUGAGGAACCGAUGCUACCUCGAGGAAAACUUCACCCUUUCGUCAGGUCUGACCCUGCCCGCCCCUUACUACCAGCCAGAGGAGGAUGACGAGCGCCCCUUCAUCUGCUCUCUGGCCCAGGAUAACGGGAUCAUGUCGUGUGGUGACGUCCCGGCCCGGAGGGAGGGGGGAAGGACCUGCUGUCUGGACAGGGAGGAUGCCUACCACCGCCAGUCCCUGGGUGCAGUGGGUCUCUGUAUCAACUGGAACCAGUACUAUACUAGAUGCCAUACUGGACAUAAUAAUCCACACAAGGGGGCGAUCAACUUCGAUAACAUCGUAUACGCCUGGAUUGUUAUCUUCCAGGUGAUCACUCUGGAAGGCUGGGUAGAGAUCAUGUACUAUGUAAUGGAUGCUCACUCCUUCUACAACUUCAUCUACUUCAUCUUCCUCAUCAUCAUUGGCUCGUUCUUCAUGAUCAACUUAUGUCUGGUGGUCAUCGCCACCCAGUUCAGUGAGACCAAGCAGCGGGAGCACCAGCUGAUGCAGGAGCAGCGGGCCCAGUGCCUGUCCUCCUCUACCCUGGCCAGCCUGCAUGAACCGGGGGACUGCUACGAAGAGCUCUUCCAGCUGGUCUGCCACAUGCUGCGCAAGGCCCGCAGGAGAUCUGUAGCCUUCAAGCUGGACCCAGUCCACAGCUCCCAACCCCUGGGCAACUCCAUCGCCCUGGCCGUCCCUCAAAACACAGAGGACUGCCCUCAGUGCGCUACGGCACUGUCACUCAGGGAGGGGGCGGGAGCUGUGGGCGACUCGGCCAAUGGGGAGGAGGAGGAGGGGGCCGUGGAGGAGACGGACAGGGAGGAGAACCACUUGGAGGAGAAAGCGGAAGAGGGGGAGGUAGUGAAGAAGAAGAGGAAGAGGAGGUCGUGUUUUGGACACUGUAAGGACAUGUGGGAUGAGAUGAGGAAGAAACUUUGGGGCAUCGUGGAGAGCAAAUACUUCAAUAGAGGAAUCAUGAUCGCUAUUCUCAUCAAUACUAUCAGCAUGGGGAUAGAACACCACAACCAGCCGGAGGAGCUGACUAACGUGUUGGAGAUCAGUAACAUUGUGUUCACCAGUAUGUUCACCCUGGAAAUGAUCCUCAAGCUGACCGCCUUUGGCUUCUUCGCCUACCUGAGGAACCCCUACAACAUCUUCGAUGGCAUCAUCGUCAUCAUCAGUGUGUGUGAGAUCAUAGGUCAGUCUGAUGGAGGUCUGUCUGUCCUGAGGACCUUCAGACUGUUGAGGGUGAUCAAGCUGGUGCGCUUCAUGCCAGCGUUACGCAGACAGCUGGUCGUGCUGAUGAAGACCAUGGACAACGUGGCCACCUUCUGCAUGCUCCUCAUGCUCUUCAUAUUCAUCUUCAGUAUCCUGGGGAUGCAUAUCUUUGGCUGUAAGUUCAGUCUGAAGACAGAGACUGGAGACACUGUUCCUGACAGGAAGAACUUUGACUCUCUACUGUGGGCCAUUGUCACUGUGUUUCAGAUUCUGACUCAGGAAGACUGGAACAUGGUGCUGUAUAAUGGAAUGGCCUCCACCUCUCCCUGUGCUGCUCUCUACUUUGUGGCUCUAAUGACCUUUGGCAACUACGUCCUCUUCAACCUGCUGGUGGCCAUCUUGGUAGAGGGCUUUCAGGCUGAGGGGGAUGCCAACCGGUCGUACUCCGAAGACGACAGGUCCUCGUGUAACUUUGACGAGAACUCUGACAAGCUGAAGGACUCGCUUCAUCUCUCUGACCCUAAGAUCUGCACCCUAACCCCCAACGGUCACCUGGACCUGUCCCCAACGCCCACGGGUCUGUACACGGCCGACAGGCUCACUUUCGCUCUGGGCUCACGCAAAAACAGUGUCAUCUCUCUGGGCAGGGCUAACCUGGAGGGCAGGGCUAACCUGGAGGGCAGGGCUAACCUGGAGGGCAGGAAUCUGUGUCGGGGGAGCAGCUCCCUGUACCACAACUGGGGCCGCCCUGCAUCCCAGACCCAGGCAAUGUGGGGCCGGCGGUCCAGCUGGAACAGCCUGGGUCGCCCCUCCCGAGCCUUGGGUCUGGGAUUGGGGGUAGGAGGAGGGGGUAGCCUGCGUUCCCGCAGCCCCCACGCCACCCACCCGGCCGAGCAGGAGUCCCUCCUCUCCCCCCCUCACCCUCCUCCGCACCUCACCCACCCUCCUCCCCUCCUGGCGCUAAACUUUGUCCCGCGGCGGGACCGCCGGGCGCUGUCCUUGGAGCUGCCGGAGCUCCUCCAGGUCCCGGGAACCCCCCUGGCGUCAAUGCUGCCUUACCCCAGGAAGAAGAGCUUCUCCAGUGGGUUGGUUGGUGGAGGGGCUGGGGGGGAGCACCAGGACUGCAAUGGGAAGGCCCCAUCAGCCCAGCUCCAGCUUCAGCUUCAGCUGCCGCCACAUCCACAUCCCCAUCCACAGCUACUGACAGAGGUCUUCCCUCAGGUCAACACACGCAAGGACAGAGAGGACCUGGACGAUGACAUUGACUAUAGUCUGUGUUUCCGUAUCCAGAAGAUGAUGGAAGUGUACAGGCCAGAGUGGUGUGAGACCAGAGAGGACUGGUCUGUCUUCCUCUUCUCUCCUCAGAACAGGUUCAGGCGGGUAUGCCAGUCCAUCAUAGCCUACAAGAUGUUUGACUAUGUGGUGCUAGCGUUCAUCUUCUCCAACUGCAUCACCGUGGCUCUGGAGAGACCCAAGAUCAUGCAGGGCAGCCUGGAAAGAGUCUUCCUAACCAUCUCCAACUACGUCUUCACAGCCAUCUUUGUAGCAGAGAUGACACUCAAGGUGGUGUCUAUGGGCCUGUAUAUAGGGGAACAGGCAUAUCUGAAAAGCAGCUGGAACGUGUUGGACGGCUUCCUGGUCUUUGUGUCGUUGAUUGACAUUGUGGUGUCAAUGGCGGGCGGGGCUAAGAUUCUGGGGGUACUGAGGGUUCUCAGAUUGCUCCGCACACUGCGCCCCCUCAGGGUGAUCAGUCGAGCCCCAGGUCUGAAGCUGGUAGUGGAGACUCUAAUAACGUCUCUGAAACCUAUAGGAAACAUUGUCCUUAUCUGCUGUGCUUUCUUCAUCAUAUUUGGUAUCCUGGGGGUGCAGCUGUUCAAAGGGAAAUUCUUCUACUGCUUUGGCCCCGACGUCAAGAACAUCACCAACAAGUCUGACUGUCUGCAGGCCAACUACAAAUGGGUCCAUCACAAGUACAACUUUGACAACCUGGGACAGGCUCUGAUGUCCCUGUUUGUGCUGGCUUCAAAGGACGGCUGGGUCAACAUCAUGUACCAUGGCCUGGAUGCUGUAGGGGUGGACCAACAGCCAGUGAUCAACAACAGUCCAUGGAUGCUCCUGUACUUCAUCUCCUUCCUCCUCAUCGUCAGUUUCUUCGUUCUCAACAUGUUUGUGGGCGUGGUAGUGGAGAACUUCCACAAGUGCCGUCAGAACCAGGAAGUGGAAGAGGCUAAAAGGAGAGAGGAUAAACGACGGAGACGCAUGGAGAAGAAGAGGAGGGACGCCCAGAAGAUCCCCUACUAUGCCAGUUACAGCCCCAUCCGCCUGUGGAUCCACACUCUGUGUACCACCUACUACCUGGACCUCUUCAUCACCUUCAUCAUCUGUAUCAACGUCAUCACCAUGUCACUGGAACACUACAGCCAGCCACGAUCUCUAGAUCUAGUAUUGAAGUACUGUAACUAUUUCUUCACAUCCACCUUUGUACUGGAGACCCUCCUGAAGCUCACCGCCUUUGGCUUCCGACGCUUCUUUAAAGACAGGUGGAACCAGUUGGAUCUGGCCAUCGUGUUGCUGUCAGUGAUGGGCAUCACUCUGGAGGAGAUCGACUACAGCGCUUCUCCACCCAUCAACCCUACCAUCAUACGCAUCAUGAGAGUACUGAGGAUCGCUAGAGUUCUGAAGCUGCUGAAGAUGGCUAAAGGCAUGAGAGCUCUGCUGGAUACGGUGGUCCAAGCCCUACCACAGGUGGGGAACCUGGGCCUGCUCUUCAUGCUCCUGUUCUUCAUCUAUGCAGCACUGGGGGUUGAGCUGUUUGGAGAACUGGUGUGUAACGAGGACUACCCAUGUGAGGGGAUGAGCCGCCAUGCUACCUUUGAGAACUUUGGCAUGGCCUUCCUCACUCUGUUCCAGGUCUCCACUGGGGACAACUGGAAUGGGAUCAUGAAGGACACGUUGAGGGAGUGCCCUCCGGACUACGGGCCUGACUACUCCUGCAACCCCAGCCUGCAGUUCAUCUCUCCCAUGUACUUUGUGUCCUUUGUGUUGACGGCCCAGUUCGUGCUGGUCAACGUGGUGGUGGCGGUGUUGAUGAAACACCUGGAGGAGAGCAACAAGGAGGCCAAGGAGGACGCCGAGAUGGACGCCGAGAUCGCGCUGGAGCUGGCCACGGGGGCCCUAUGCUGCAUGGGGCCGGAGGGAGUCUGUGCAGGAGGGAAGAAAGGUGGAGGAGCAGGGGGAGGUGGAGGAGGAGAGGAGAGAGGGAUGGGAGUCCCAGGCAGUUCCUCCGGGGGGAAUAUGCAUCAUCACGUGGCAAUGACGCAUCCAGGAACACUGCAAGAUCCGAACAAUCGUGAUCCCUACUCUCCUGCACAGGAGAGUCAGUGGCUGGACAGUGUGUCUCUGCUGAUUAAGGACUCAUUUGAAGGAGAGAUGCUGAUGAUUGACAACCUCUCUGGAUCUGUCUUCCAUCACUACUCUUCUACCUCUCCUCCUGCCUGGAAGGACUGUAAGAGCCACCCACAACUAGAGAUCCGGCUGGCAGAGAUAGAGCAGGCAUCUCUGAGGUCAGACCAAAUGUCAGACAAGUCGUCGUCUCCGGCUCUACCUGAUGACCUCAGCCUGGAUGACCAGAGUGUCCACCAGCUGCUGGUGCGGGAGGGAAAGGAGGAGAGGGGCAGUGACUCCCAGGGCUCAGAGGAGGCUGGCGGAGGAGGGGACUCCUUGACCCAGGCCCAGACAGGGGGGUCGAGGCGCUGCAGGGCCCACAGUUCAGUAGCCGAGGAGGGGGCUCCACUUCUGGUGGAGGUGGGGGUCCAUCAGAGACACAAGACCCCAUCCCACCACAGCCCUGCGGAGUUCUUCCACCCUGUGGCAGCAGCGACCCUGCCGGCACCCCCCAGGGCCAGAGUAGGGCGCCCCUCGCGGGGCCUCAGACUCACCUCCCCGGCCUCCUGGUCCUCCCUGCGCUCCCCAGGAGCCCACAGCCGGGUGCUCUGCACGCAGUAUCCGUCCCAUAGUGACUCGUCUCUGGCCACGGGGAGCUCCGAUGGCAACCUCCAGACCACCCUGGAGGAAGGACUCAGCUUCAGUGUUUCGCCCCCUCAAGACCUGGCGUCCCCCCUCCCUCCUCUCCCCCUGCUCUGCCCCCCGCUCCCUGAGGACCCCACCAGCUGCCCAGCAGGCCAGACUCUGAGACCGCGGCCCAGCCCCUCGUCAGGCCCUGCCCUCACCCUCCAGGCCACUCGGGGCCACCAGCGGAGCCAGAGCAGCGGCAGGGGUAGCAUCAGCCCCGGCUAUACCCGGGAGGACUCCAUGGACCCCGUUCCAUGUGACCUGGAGGACCUGGGCAUCGGGAUCAGUUCGUCCAUCGGGGGGUGUGGCUCCAGCCAGGCGGGCAACAGCGAACACUUGUCAGAGACGCUAAGCAGCCUGUCGCUCACAUCGUUGCUCUCGCCCGCCUCCCUGGCACCCCCGGGGGUGAAGAAAUGCAACAGCACGGGGAGCUUGAACCAAGGGGCGAGGAGGGGGGAGGGGAGACAGAUCCUAGGGUUGGAGUUGGACCACCAGGGCUUCCUGGCCAACCCUUGGGGAGAGAGUGGGGGAGGCAGAGGAGAGGAGGGACAGUUGGGAGAGGCGCCGGGCCUCAAGGGGAAAAGCUCAAGCCAAACAACAGUAGGGUCCUGUAGUAAAAACAGAUGA